CACACGAGGAGGAGGACCGAGAUAGAUAUUCACUUGAUUUUGUCAGUAGCUGAACAUUAAAACGAUGAGAACACCUGGACUGGGCAACUGCGCGUGCAGCGACGCUUCUUUGAAUGACGGAACCAGCUCCGCCUAAAUCCGUUGGGGGAGAAGAGAGGACGAACAGUCGACAAGGAGAGAGAGAGAGAGAGAGAGAGAGAGAGAGAGAGAGAGAGUCUGAUAAAGGAGGGAGGAAUUGCUGAAGAAUCAGAACAACUAAGAUAAAACGCUGAAAGCCGCGCCGGGGCUUUGAUUAUGACGUAGGCACGAUUCUCGAGCCUUCAGCGCAUCCAUCGCGCGCCUCAGCAAGUUGGUGAAGAGACUCGCCGGCGCGCGUGAAGCUUGGAAGCAGCUGCGCUGAAGCCUCCUCACCUUAUAAAGUGCAUCGGUGACGAAAGCUAUCGCGUGCGCGUAAAUUCAGCACUUGGUUCACGAGACAGCUCCAGUGUGUCGGCUUCCCUAACUGGACUCAAUUUCAAGAGCAGUUCUUUUAGUACUUUCAGAACACUCUCGCACGCAUGAACAUUAGAAGUGUCAUCAUAUUUCUUGUGCUCAUCUAGCUGUGAUCCAUAGUCUGGGACCUUUCUUAUUCUCCACUAAAUAUGUACCAGGGGCAUUUGCAGAAGAAAGAAAGUCAUACAGGUUUGGCACGACAUGAAGGGGAAAGACUCUAGGGCUGCAGAUAAGACCGUUGCCAUGGUCCUGAAGGAGAUACCCAAUAAGGCGUCCUCAGAAGGCAAGCCCCUCCUCACGGUGACAAACAAGCUGGUGAGCGAGCAACAAGAGAGCCGUCCCUUGCUGAGCCCUUCUAUCGAUGAUUUCCUCUGCGAGACCAAGUGUGAUGGAGCUGCCCGCCCAGUAACCUCCAACACAGCAGUACUGUCCUCCUCUCUGGACUUGCUAGAUCUGAGUGAGCCUGGUGAGAGAAGACACAGCAAAGACAGGAAGAGUCCUCUUUCUUCUAAGGGCACGCCAUACAGGAAGAAGCCAGAUGAAACAGAGCUGAUCCAAGUGGAUGUUGAACAGAGCACACCCUGUUCCCACACACCUGAAAAAAUUUCAUUGGACUCAGUAGCAGUUCCAUCUUCAUUGGACAAAUGGGAAGAACUCAACCCACACCCAGAGCGAAAUGGUAGCAGAAAGUGGAAACUUGAGAGAAGACGUUCAUCAAAAAAUUCUGGCGAAUUUGUGUGGUCUAUGGAUUGCAAGACUCAGCUAGACACUGCCCCCAGGAACUCCCUGGAGGUAAAUAAUAAAGUAGAGGCCGAAGCCGUGCCAGUAACUCAACUUAACAGACAAUAUGUUAGUGGAAGACACGGCCGUUUGAGCAAAGACCAAAGGUGGGGUAGCACACUGCUGUCCAGAAACCAGUCUCUGGAGGAAGAGUUUGAGAGAGCUAAGGCAGCAGUGGAGUCAGACACAGAGUUUUGGGAUAAGAUGCAGGCAGAGUGGGAAGAGCUCGCUCGCAGGAACUGGUUAACAGAGAACGACCAACCACAGAUUCCCUCUAAUGUGUCUCCUUACGAAAAGGGAUACUACUUCCAUACAGAUAACCCUUUCAAAGACUGGCCAAAUGCAUUUGAGGAGGGAUUACGCAAGUCAAGAGAGGGAGAACUGCCUAAUGCCGUACUUCUUCUGGAAGCAGCUGUGCUGCAGGACCCUCAGGAUUCAGAGGCUUGGCUGGUGCUGGGAACCACACAAGCAGAGAAUGAGAAUGAGCAGGCAGCAAUUGUCUCCCUCCAGAGGUGUCUGGAGCUCCACCCCAACAACCUCCAGGCCCUCAUGGCCCUGGCAGUGAGCCUGACCAACACGGGCAUGAGGCAGGAAGCGUGUGAGGCACUGCUGGGCUGGAUAAGGCAUAACCCCAAAUACAAGCAUCUUCUGAAGAGCCGCACGCACCUGCAGGGCUCACCUGGCUCACGACGACUCUCCCACUCCUCUUCGACUGGCUGCCCCCUGCUGCCAGAGGUGAAGGAUCUGUACCUGGACGCUGCCCAGCAGAACUCGGACACUAUCGACCCAGACCUGCAGACAGGGUUGGGAGUGCUGUAUAACCUCAGCUCUGAGUUCAACAAAGCGGUGGAAGCCUUCAAUGCUGCGCUGUCAGUGCGGCCGGAGGACUACCUGCUGUGGAAUCGGCUGGGGGCGACGCUGGCUAAUGGAGAUCGCAGCGAGGAAGCUGUGGAGGCCUACACCAGAGCCCUGGAGCUCCAGCCCGGCUUCAUCCGCUCACGUUACAACCUUGGCAUCAGCUGCAUUAAUAUGGGCGCUCACAGGGAGGCAGCCAGUAAUUUCCUGACGGCUCUUGGUAUGCAGAGGAAGAGCAGGAGUCGGCAGCUUUCGCACCAGGUCAUGUCUGGAAACAUCUGGGCGGCCCUGCGGAUAGCACUGUCCAUGCUGGACCAGCCAGAGCUUUUUCAAGCUGCUAACAUAGGAGACCUGGACUUACUCAUGAGAGCCUUUAACCUGGAUAUGUGAGCGAGAAUACCCUUUAACCAUGGCAAAUAUCCAAAGUACUUAAUGGGAAGAACUUUGUCAGAAAGCAAAAUUUUUUUCUCGCAGAGCACCUUUACAUUCCUGAGAACUGAGUGCAGGAUGAUACCAUUUUAAUAGAUUUGCACAUCAGUUUACGAUUAUCCUAAAGAGCACAAUGCCAGGCGAAGAUUGUACAAGUAUGCCUUAGAGAAAAAAUCAGCUAGACCUGCAAUGUAACAGUGGGAAUCGGAGGAGAACUUAAUAAUUCCACAACUGAUCAGAGGAACGCAGAUUAUAAAUGUGCAAGAAGAACACUGACUUCACAUCAAUGACUUGAUUAGAAAUGUACUGUACUGCGUAGACUUUAUGUAUUGGUUCACUUGCACUCUUUAUUUGAGAUGGUGGGGUUAUUAUUGAUUUUGGUGGCACUUAGUUCAACCCUGGACACUCCUCACCUGAUCUCUGCUGCAUCAUCCCCUUUAUUUCCUGGAGCUUUCAGACCAGAUUAAGAAGCCUUACUUUAUUGUGCAUGUAAAAUAAAUAAUUAAGAUGUUAUCGGUAUGAUAUCAGAUAAAAGCCAUUUCUUGCCAUACACUGACCUCUUGAUAUAACUGAGGAGAAGUCUAUGUUCCAUCAAGGUCUUUUUGUGAAACAUACCACAUCUUUGAAAUGUUAUUGGACAUAGCAUUAUUUUUUACAAAAUUCGAUGCAGGGAAUUCUGAUAUACUGCCCCCUUUUGCCACAAUUAUCAGCCUGGAUUUAUCAGGAAAACGAGUGUCUCUGUUUUUGAAGAAAGCUGCCCAAUAUCUAAGCCAAACAAUUUGUGAUUUUUCACAGUUUUAUACCCUAAUACUGAUGUUGUUACUCAUAUUAUUACGGUUUAUCUCCAGCUUGCAUGACUUUCCAUUUUGCUCAUCAGCGGGAACACGCAAGUGCUUAAUGUUGCAUAUGCGCUUCAAGAAAAGUAAGUACAUAGGUGAAUAAUUUUAAAAUUCUAUGCAAAACCUAUAGAUUUUUUUUCUUCAUGCAGCCCGGAAGCAGAAGAAAAUCCUAAAGCAUUUUUUACAUGCUUUGUCACUUUUAGGGCUUUUCAUACUGCGAUUAACCCCGGGUUAUCGUCGUUCUAAACACUGCUUUUAAAGGAUUAGUUCACUUUAAAAUGAAAAUUACCCCAAGCUUUACUCACCCUCAGGCCAUCCUAGGUGUAUAUGACUUGCUUCUUUCUGACGAAGACAAUCGGAGAAAUAUUAAUAAAUAUCCUAAUAUCAGUUCCGUAAGUUGAAUAGGGAAGGCGUAGGACGUACAGCAUAAGCUUUUUGAAGAAUACGGAAGGCGGUCUGGCGGAAGCUACAUACUUUACUUCAUAACUUGUUAAAUAUGGAUUUUUUUUUUUACACAAACGCAUCGCUUUGCUUCGGAAGGCCUUUAUUAACCAUCCGGAGCCCUGCUGAAUAUGUUUAUGAUGGAUGGAUGUGGAUUGAGGCACUUUCUUCAGCUCAUACUCGUUUGGUAACGCAUACUGCCAUUAUAAAGCUCGGAUGCGUCAGGAUAUUUAUUAAUAUAUGAUUGUGUUCGUAAGAAACAAGAAAGUCAUAGCAGGGAGCAGGGUUAGCACCGCUUUUGCGUUGUUAGAAUGUUAUAGCUAGACGCUUAGCAACAGAGAGCCAAUCGUGUACUCAUAUUUGCCUGCUUUAGACAGUCACGGAAACGCUGCGCAUUGUAUAUAAACAAUAAAAUCAGCAUUUGAGAGAAAAAAUGUCAAAUGCUGACAGAAAACGCAACAAUUUGAGUAAAGAAGUGACCGUUUUAUUAUUACCUUUAUAGUCCGAAAUGUCCAUUCAGUAUAAUCUCGAUAGUAGCUACAGUCGGCAAUACGAGGAUGCACAAUGCUAGAGCUAGCCUAUGUAAACAGGUCGCGUGAUGCGUUUAUCCAAUCAAUGACACUGACACCGCAAAUAUGCAAAUAAGAACGUUAAUCCAGGGUUUAGGAAAGUACAAUGUGAAACGUCAGAAUACCCAGGAUUAAUUGUUAACCCCGUGUAAAUUAUGAGCAGUGUGAAACGUGAAGCAAGAAAACCCAGGAUUCGUUUACCCGGGGUUUAGAAUGACCCAGGGUUAACUAUUUCAAGUGUGAAAAGCCCUUUGUGUUUUAAGGUGUAAACUGGUAGGUAGAAGAUCUGGUAGUCAGCGGUCUAUUUUACUUAUAUUUUGUUUCUUAUUUAAAAAGUCUCCCUGAUCCAGCUGAGCUUAUUUGUAUUAUCCCCACACAAAGUGGAAGAAUUUAUUUAUUAAAUAAUAUAUAUCAAUGAAAAAGCAUGCAAAGCCAUUCAAGCACCCAUUAUCAAGUGUUAUUGUUAUUAUAUUUAAUUACUGCACUCUGUAUUUAUUUUAUUCUGUAUCCGAAACUAUUUGAAAAGUCCUGUAUAUGCUCAUCGAUACAGUUAGAACAGGCUUGUGCUUUGUAGCCGAAUGUUACAGUAGAUACUGUAGAUUCUCUCAUGCCUGAGGCCAAACCUCCUCUUUUCUAGAACUUUGUACAAUCUCAGGUGUGAUUGUCUAGAUGAAUUCAUGCUCCAGAAAUACUCCUGAUGUAUGAUCGCAUGCCGAAUAUACUUAUUUUUGAAUGCUGUAGAUUUAUUUAUAUGCAUGAACUUGACAUGCCUAUUUUAAUCUAUACCCUUCAUUUCUAUGACUUAUUUAUCACUGUAAUCACAAAAUUUUGCAUUUAAAUAUAUAUAUAUAUAUAUAUAUAUAUAUAUAAUAUAAUAUAUAUAUAUAUAUUGAUCUGAAGAAUACGGCAUAUUAACUGUAAAAUAUCUAGAAAUAACAAGGAGUUUUUGCAAUGCCGUGGGUUAAAGCUCAACAAGAAAUUCUUUAUAGUCACUUACAUUACUAUUGCAAUAGCCAGAUUUACUAAAGCCUUUAAAAUUAGAGGCUCAAAUACAUUAUGCAUCAUUCAGAGCUCUGUUUCUGAAUUUGUACGUGCAAACUUUCUUAAAUGUUUGCCAAAGGCUUUAAUAACUCUGGUCCAAUAUUUAAAAGAUAGAUGCAUACACAAAAGUUAUCUUUUAAAAUAAAACAUUGUAAUAGAGUUUGUAUGCCUGGUUGUUCGUGUUGAUCAAAAAUUAUUGCCAUGAGUGCAUUUAGCUGUAAAGGGACUCACAAACAAAUGGAUCCAUGGAUAAAAUCCCCUGUUUCCAUACUGGCAUCGCCAAAUAUGAAAAUGGUACAGACAAACAAUUGUGGAUUUUAUUGAACAAUCCAAACAUUGAUCCACAAGUAUCUUUGAACAGAUUUUCAAAUGAGGAUUCCCACAUUUGCCAUGACUGUGUGUUUAUAUAUAUGGAUCAGAAAAUCCAUUAAAAAAAAAAAAAAAAAAAAAAA